AUGGAGAUCGUGGCGGAGGAGCAUUACGAUAUGUUCCUCGAAAGCCGCGACUCCGGGGGGAGGCCGAUUAGAUGGCCGGCGAACCACCGUGCUCGGCAAAGACUCCGGCACCGGCGGCGCGCAAUCGCCAAAUGGCGAGAGGCGUUAGUAGCCUCGGGGAACAACACCCCGGGGCUGCGCGUCGUCGAGGCAAUCGGGCCCCUCCUCGAUCAAUGGGUCGAUAGAGGAUGGGGCGGGUUGUCCUUCCGGAUGACUCAGGUGUUGACUGGCCACGGGUGCUUCGGCCACUACCUGAGUCGGAUCGGAAGGGAGCAGACUCCCGGCUGCCACCACUGUGAGGCCGUGGACGACACUGCCCAGCAUACGCUGGCAGAGUGCCCCGCGUGGGCGGAUGAGCGGGCAGUGCUCGUCCACGAGGUAGGACAGGACCUCUCCCUUCCAGCGGUGAUUGCCGCCAUCCUGGAGGAGGAGAGGUCCUGGCACGCAUUUGCCUCCUUCUGCGAGAGAGUCCUCACGCAGAAGGAGGCAGCGGAGCGUGAGAGGAGGG